AUGCAGGUAACUGAAAGUGACCACACUGUAGACGAGAAAGAGCUGGGAAGCGGUGCACAAACGCCGAACUCCCACUUUACGGACCAUAUAUACAAAUCAGAAGACAAUCUACCUACAAUGUCGGACGGUUUCGAUGCGGAUGGCCGUCCCAUUGCAGACACAGAGCCUAAAGUUGUCGCCAGUAGUCUUAGGCCUACCCUCACCAGGAUCAUCACCGGCCGAUCGGUGGCAUCCUCAUGGAAGGACCCAGGGCCGCCACCAGAUGGCGGAGUUACUGCUUGGACACAGGCAAUCAUGGCACACAUUGUUAUCAGCAAUACCUGGGGGUAUAUGUCGUCUUAUGGUGUUUUCCAGGCGUACUAUGUCACCGCCCUAGGACGGUCACCGUCUGACAUCUCCUGGGUUGGCUCGGUCCAGAUGUUUUUGGUGUUUCUGAUCGGGACCUUCUCUGGUCGGGCGUUGGACUAUGGCCUCUUCCGUCCCAUUUUCGUAACGGGGUUUUGCCUGCAUCUGCUAGGGAUGUUUAUGACCUCGCUAUGCACGCAGUAUUGGCAACUAUUCUUAGCGCAAGGACUCUGUACGGGUAUAGGAAGUGGGCUGAUGUUCUGUCCUACGAUGUCUCUGCUUUCUACUUAUUUCUCGAAGAAACGCGCGUUGGCAAUUGGCAUAGCAGCAUCUGGAUCAUGCACUGGAGGCUUAAUAUACCCUGUCAUUGUCCAGCAGCUCCUGCCGAGAAUAGGGUUCGGAUGGACCGUCCGAGUGCUAGGAUUUUUUACGCUGGGCCUCGGUAUCCCCACCGUGGUCUUUCUCAAGAGCCGUCUCCCACCGCGCAAGUCUGGUCCUCUUGUCGAGUUCUCCGCCUUCAAGGAACUCCCCUACACGCUGUUCCUCGUCGGCAUGUUCCUCAACUUCUGGGGUCUGUUUUUCGCAUUCUACUACGUCUCCGCCUACGGCCGCGACAUAAUAGGCUUCACCUACACCGACAGCAUCACCCUCCUCCUAAUCAUGAAUGGCGUCGGUCUAAUCGGGCGCAUCCUCCCCAACCACCUCUCCGACCGCUUCUUCGGCCCGCUAAACACCAUCAUCCCCUUCGCCUUCGCCUCCGGCAUCCUGCUCUUCGGCUGGGCCGGCGUCACCUCGCGGGGUGGGCUGUAUGCCUUCGCUGUCGUGUACGGCCUCAGCAGCGCGGGCAUGCAGGGUAUGUUCCCUGCAGCGCUGAGUAGUCUGACGACAGAUCUGAGACGCCAGGGGGUGAGGAUGGGUAUGGGGUUUAGUAUUGUGAGCGUGGCGUGUUUGACGGGGCCGCCGCUCGCGGGGGCGCUGAUUCAGAGGAAUGGAGGGAGUUAUUUGUAUGCGCAGAUGUGGGCGGGGGCGGUGCUGAUUUGUGGCGGGUGCACCUUGUGUGCGGCGAGGACGGCGAAGGUGGGGUUCACGUUGUGGGCAAAGGUCUAG